AUGCCGCUUUGCUCACCGAACGCUACCUUCGAAGACGAGUACGCGUUGGAUUUCCUAAACUUUGUGAGACAGCUCUUCCAAGGUGUCCUCGUCCCAUUAGUGUGCGGGAUUGGAACUCUUCUGAACGCCAUCACGUUCAUUGUGAUGACCCGUCGCUCGAUGAGAACCUCAUCCAACAUGUAUCUAGCCGCGAAUGCUCUGUGUGACGGCACCUAUUUGGCCUGCUCGCUAAUCCUAGGUUUUGAACAUGAGGUGCCCGAAACUGCUGCUUUCGAUAUAUUCCGCCGACUUAUACCGAUUUUCGUCUCGCUCAUCGAUUUUUCCCAGAAUUGUUCCGUGUGGCUGACCGUAAUCUAUACUACAGAGCGUUACGUUGCUGUUUGCCAUCCGCUUCAAGCGAAAGCAAUCUGCACCGUUUCGCGGUCGUUGAGGACAAUAGCUUUUUGCGCGAUAUUAUGCACUGUGUUGACUUUCCCGAGACUUUUCGAGUACAGCUUCGUUGAAACAGGCGACCCUCCGAUCGUUUGUCUGACCGACUCGGAUCUGUACAGAAACAUAACUUACCAGAAUGUAUACUUCUGGCUCACUGUGGUUUUGAAUACUAUGAUACCAUUCGCUUUGCUGGCGUUCUUCAAUGUGAAACUAAUCCGAGCCGUUCGCGAGUCAGAAAAAACUCGAAUAACUCUGUCGCAGGGUCGCGGUGAUCGAUCUGAAGCGAAGGCGACCAUUAUGUGUAUUGCCGUGGUCGUCUUGUUUCUAGUAUGUCAAACUCCGUCGGCUUGCUCUUUGGUCUUGUACAGAGGAAAAAGCGACAACCUCAUCAAAGGCCUCGGGAACAUUUUCAAUUUCUUGGUUUGCUUGAACGCUGCGGGCAAUUUCCUUUUGUACUGCUUGUUUAGUCCGAAAUACAGAGCAACUUUAUUCAGCCUCUGGGAGACAGGCUGCAGUGGUUCGCAGAAAGACAAUGGAGGAUACGCCCCGCUGAGCGUGUUCAAAUCGAAGAACCAAGUUGGAUAUUUCAUUCCGAGUCAGCUGACCAAGCUCGAUCCUCGCUGA